UUCCUUCCCCGACGCAUGAUUUCACAGCAGAGCCAUAAUCCACACUCCGACUCCAUUGCUGCAACACCCAAACCAACAUUCAAAACUAUGCAAAGCGCGAAAAAUACGACGGCGUUUCGAUCAAUCUUCGACGCCGGAGAGCUGAAUUCGGAACUGGAAAAGUCCGGGGUCAAGCCCAGCUUCAUCCCCAACUUAUGGAAGCAGGUGAUCCAAAACCCUGAUGCCCAAUUCGACCAAAUUCCAUCUCUGCCCUCGGCAGCGUAUCCUCUCCUGACCUCCAAAUUCAAAACCCUAACCUCCUCUGUCCACAAGGUCAUGGACUCCUCAGACCAACUCACCACCAAGCUCCUCAUAAAGCUGCAGAAUGGGGCUCUUGUGGAAGCUGUGAUAAUGCGAUACGACAGCCGCUUGGGGAGGUAUGAUGGGAAGCCCCGCCCUGGUGGUCCUAGGUCCACCUUGUGUGUAUCAUCUCAGGUUGGUUGCAAAAUGGGUUGUACUUUCUGUGCUACUGGGAGUAUGGGGUUUAAGAGCAAUCUGACCUCGGGGGAGAUUGUGGAGCAGUUGGUUCAUGCUUCUCGCAUUGCGCCCAUACGCAAUGUUGUGUUCAUGGGAAUGGGGGAACCUUUGAAUAAUUAUGGUUCCUUGGUGGAAGCGGUUCAUGUCAUGACUGGAUCACCAUUUCACUUGUCGCCUAAGAAAAUUACUGUAUCGACGGUUGGUAUUAUUCAUGCUAUCAAAAAGCUUCAUAGUGAUCUUCCAGGUCUGAAUUUAGCAGUUUCACUGCAUGCACCAGUCCAAGAAAUCCGUUGUCAGAUAAUGCCUGCUGCUCGGGCUUUUCCUUUAGUAAAGCUUAUGGAUGCACUGCAAGAAUAUCAAAAGAACACUCAGCAGAAAAUCUUCAUCGAGUACAUAAUGCUUGAUGGAGUGAAUGAUGAAGAGCACCAUGCACACCUACUCGGAAAAUUGCUAGAGACAUUUCAAGUGGUAAUAAAUUUGAUACCUUUUAAUCCAAUCGGUAUUCUGAGUAAAUUCACAACCAGUAACGAAAACAAAGUAACAAGAUUCCAGAAAAUUCUACGAGGCACUUAUGGCAUCCGAACGACAGUACGUAAGGAAAUGGGUCAGGAUAUAAGUGGAGCAUGUGGUCAGUUGGUAGUGAACUUACCCAACAAGAGGUCAACUGAGAGCACUCUAACUGAUAUAGAAGAUCUUCAGGUCAGAUAGAUCGCUUAUUGCUUCCGGUGGUGUUCACGCCCGAAAGUCCGUUAAUGCCGGUCAAAGUAGCCAACGGUCUCCAGACCAUAAUUAGUGUUUCUGUAAUCUUGAUAAUUUUGUUACUCAUUCAGUUCUUUUUGGGGUUGCAGUAGCAAAAUUUCUGUUGUCAUUUUUAUCGUAUCAGCUUGAGAUCUUCACUUGAUACACCUAAAACUGUUUUUUCUCCCUUUUCUUUUUUGUUUAAUUUGUAUGUCAUAAAAUAUAAACCCUCUCAUUUAUCCAAGUGUUUAUUGAGAAA